CUUUUGUCGAGCGUCAACAUGACGGCCUCUUUCCUGAUUAGUUGCAGCAAGUUCAAAGCCUCUCCAUCUAUAUGCGGAGGGAGGCCUCCGAACAACCUGUUGCAGAGAGGAGGAUGAAACCACUUUGCUGCCAGCGAGGUUACGAUGGAGAUACGCUGCGGCGGCCUCUUGUUCAGCUCCAAGUUUGACUCUGGGAAUUUGGCUCACGUGGAGAAGGUGGAACACCAGGAGGGUGAUGGCGACAGCACUGGGAACGGUGGCGGCGGCGGCAGUAGCAGCACCACCACCACCUUGGCUGCCUCAGUGGGGUUUGGCAGCUCCCUCCCUGCUGCGGACUAUGAGUUCAAUGUGUGGACCAAGCCGGACUGUGGAGACACCGAAUAUGAGAAUGGGAACAGGUCCUGGUUUUACUUUAGCGUGAAGGGGGGAGUUCCAGGCAAGCUGGUCAAGAUCCACAUUGUCAACAUGAACAAGCAGACCAAGCUCUACUCGCAGGGGAUGGCUCCCUUGGUCAAGACGGUGCCUGCAAGGCCCCGCUGGGAGCGCGUCCGUGAGCGGCCUGCCUUUGAGAUGGUGGAGGCCCAGUUUGUCCUCUCCUUCGUGCACCGCUUCCUGGACUGCCGAGGUGCCACCACCUACUUCGCCUUCUGCUACCCGUUCUCCUACACCGAGUGCCAGGACAUGCUGGCGCAGCUGGACGCCCACUUCGCCGAGUGCAGGCACCUCUCUCCUAGCAGCACAAUUAGUCGGAGGGCAGGCGCAGACUCUAGAAAGGCGGAGGGGAAGCCGCGCUCCACCACCCACAGAGCGAGAAAGUGCCCUAGAGGAGGACGCGCUAGAGGGAAAAAGGAGGAGGCCCCGCCCAGGGGGACACCCUGCCUGGAUUCCAUCUAUUACCAUCGGGAGCUGCUGUGCUAUUCCCUGGACAGGCUGCGCGUGGACCUGCUCACCGUCACGUCGUGCCACGGCCUGCAGGAGGAGCGGGAGGCCCGCUUGGAGAAGCUCUUCCCCGACAAGAACACGCCCCGGCCACACCGCUUUGUGGGCAAGAGAGUGUUCUUUCUCAGCAGCCGGGUCCACCCUGGAGAAACGCCUUCCAGCUUUGUCUUCAAUGGGUUCCUGGAGUUCAUCCUGCGGGAGGAGGACCCUCGGGCCCAGAUGCUGCGCCGCAUGUUUGUCUUCAAGCUCAUCCCCAUGCUGAACCCGGACGGGGUGGUGCGGGGGCACUAUCGGACAGACGCUCGGGGAGUUAACCUGAACCGCCAGUAUCUGAGCCCCGACGCGGAGCUGCAUCCUGCCGUGUACGGGGCCAAGGCUGUCCUGCUCUACCACCACGUCCGCAGCCGCGUCCAGCCCGGCUCCCCCGACUGGCGGACGUAUGUCCCCCCUCUCAGCGCUGCAGCUGUCAAUCAGCGUCCCGCCCACAACUGCCUGCCUCGGGAGGAGCCCCCCCUUUCCGAGCUGGAGAAAGCCAACAACCUCCGCAACGGCCCCAGCCAUGCCGGCCGGCUCUCCUCUCAGAGCCCUGCGCCCUCGGAGGCCCCGAGAAGCAAGGGCCAGGACGUCUGGAUCCUCGCCGAAGAGACACCGCUGCCCUCUGAGAGCGGGGAGGGCGAAGCGGAGAGCCCCCCUCCGCCCGCCCCGCAGGCCGUCCCCCCGCAGCAGAGCGGCCUGGCGUACUACGUCGAUCUCCAUGGACACGCCUCCAAGCGCGGCUGCUUCAUGUACGGAAACCACAUCCUGGACGAGAACCACCAGGUCGAAAACAUGCUGUUCCCCAAGCUCAUCUCCUUGAACUCGGCCCACUUUGAUUUCACGGGCUGCAACUUCUCCGAGAAGAACAUGUAUGCCAAAGACAAGCGGGACGGGCAGUCCAAGGAGGGCAGUGGGCGCGUGGCCAUCUACAAGGCCUCCGGCAUCAUUCACAGCUACACCCUGGAAUGCAACUACAACACGGGGCGCUCCGUCAAUACUGUCCCAGCAGCCUGCCAUGAUAAUGGGCGGGCAACGCCUCCGCCUCUCCCAGCAUUCCCCUCCAAAUACACCGUGGAUCUGUUUGAGCAGGUCGGAAGGGCCCUGGCCGUCGCAGCGCUGGAUAUGGCUGAAUGCAACCCCUGGCCUCGGAUUGUCCUCUCUGAACACAGUUGCCUUAGUAACCUGCGGGCCUGGAUGCUGAAGCACGUGCGCAGCAUGAGGGCCGUGGCAGGCUGCUCCCGGAGGAAGGGAACCAAGACCCCGCCCAAGGGGGCCAACGGGGUCUUGGCCUCCAGCUCGGAGAACUCCCUCUGCCGGACCAGGAGCUUCAGCAACGGGAGCAGCAGCAGCAGCCAGCAGGCCUCCCCCCAGGCCCAGGCCUCCCCCAGCUUCACCUUCAGCUGCCCCCACCCCACUGCCUCCAUGGGGGGCCUGGGCCAGAACCCUCCGAAAGGCUCCUCCAGGGUGCUGGCGCUUGUGCGAGAGCCUCGGGUCCAGGAGAAGUGGCACCACCAGCACCAGGCCUUGCUCCGAGCAGCGGUGAGCAGCAUCCAGGCGCCGCCCCCUCUCCCCUCCUCCAGGACGGCCUCCCACCUCCAGCUGCCUCCCAGGCUGGCCUCCUGCUCCCUCCCAGCCAGCCUCAACAUGACAGGGCCCGGCUGCUCCAGGCUACUUGUGGCUGCCAAGGCGAACCCGGUAGCAGCUGUCUGCCAUGGACUGCAGGAGGCAGGGAGCCCCCACAAGGAGCUGAAGCCACCGUGUGGCCUAGCAGUGCUGCAGAACCUGUCAAAGCGGCUGAGCAGUGAGAAGCUAUCAGAGAAUCCCAGCCUGGAGCUACUGAUGCCUCGGCCUAGCCGGAUCCCCAUCCGCAGGAGACCAGCAGGACAACCCCAGCGCCUGCUCAGGCUUCACAGCUGCAGCAAUAACUCCUCCCUCAAGGCGUGGAAAUACACCACCUCAGCCCAGAGCUCCCUGCCAGAGUUCCCACUGGAAGUCCCAGAGCUGACGGUAGCGGGUCAGAGGGAAGAGCCGCUUUUUCUGUGUAACCCUCCCAAAGUUUUGCUGGACGAGCAUCUCCCGGGGCGAGCAGAAUCCCCCCAGCUCACCUACCACAAGAUCCUGUCAUUCUGCUCCGAGGCCUGACUGGCCAGGGGGGCCCCAGCAGCUGUGGCCAACCCGAUCCAGCUUCUUCUCGGGUGCUGCCGCCCCAUCGCACGCCAGGAACCAGCCGACUCCGACUCAGCCCUUGGCGUGGAAGAGACUGGUUGAACCCCGCUGCCUGUUGGCACCAGACGAGCCCCCGACCCAGCCGUCCCCCCUGCCCUUUCAGACCAAAACUGCUCUUCAGGACCCAGUAGCCCAUGGCUCUCGGCCAUCUUCCAAAGUAAAGGGCCGCAUCCAGCUACACGGAACACUGAAGGCCUAAAGGGGGCCUAGAUCCCCUGUGGCCCUUUCCCCUGUGCCUGCAGAUCCGUCUCCCGCUGCUCCGCUUUGUACCAAGGACCCACCGGCUGCCUUCCCGGAGGCCAAGGGGACGACUGCCCAGGACCCUUCAGGGACCCCCACCCCACCCGGGGGACCUCUCCUUUGCAGCAGGCAUCGCCACCAGCGGCCCUGGAAGGCUCUGGCUGGAGUGUCUUGGGGAAGUGAUUCGCAGCCAGGCAAAGGCGCCCCGAGGACACUUCCGCAGCUGUACAUAGUUGGUUACCGGUUGGAAACUAUUUUUGAAACGAGGUUUUCUUGUAACAGGUUUCUAAUUAAUAAAUUUGGUUU